AUGCACACUUGCUGCCCCCCAGUAACUUUGGAACAGGACCUUCACAGAAAAAUGCAUAGCUGGAUGCUGCAGACUCUAGCAUUUGCUGUAACAUCUCUCGUCCUUUCGUGUGCAGAAACCAUCGAUUAUUAUGGGGAAAUCUGUGACAAUGCAUGUCCUUGUGAGGAAAAGGACGGCAUUUUAACCGUGAGCUGUGAGAACCGAGGGAUCAUCAGCCUCUCUGAAAUCAGCCCUCCCCGUUUCCCAAUCUAUCAUCUCCUCUUGUCUGGAAACCUUUUGAACCGACUCUAUCCCAAUGAGUUUGUCAAUUAUACAGGGGCUUCGAUUUUGCAUCUGGGUAGCAAUGUAAUCCAAGACAUUGAGACGGGGGCUUUCCAUGGGCUGCGGGGUUUAAGGAGGUUGCAUCUGAACAAUAAUAAACUGGAACUUCUGCGCGAUGAUACCUUCCUUGGCUUGGAGAAUCUGGAAUACCUACAGGUCGAUUACAAUUACAUCAGUGUCAUUGAACCCAAUGCUUUUGGGAAACUGCAUUUGUUGCAGGUGCUUAUCCUCAAUGACAAUCUCUUGUCAGGUUUACCCAAUAACCUCUUCCGUUUUGUGCCCUUAACGCACUUGGACCUGCGGGGAAACCGACUGAAACUUCUGCCCUACGUGGGCCUGUUGCAGCACAUGGAUAAAGUGGUGGAGUUACAGCUGGAGGAAAACCCCUGGAAUUGCUCUUGCGAGCUGAUCUCUCUCAAGGAUUGGCUGGACAGCAUCUCUUACUCCGCCCUGGUCGGGGAUGUGGUUUGCGAGACACCCUUCCGCUUACAUGGCCGGGACUUGGACGAGGUAUCCAAGCAGGAACUUUGCCCGAGGAAACUUAUUUCAGACUAUGAGAUGAGGCCACAGACGCCUUUGAGCACCACGGGGUACUCGCACACCACCCCAGCCUCGGUGAAUUCCGUGGCUACUUCUUCCUCUGCUGUUUACAAACCCCCCUUGAAACCUCCCAAGGGGACCCGCCAACCCAACAAGCCCAGAGUGCGCCCCACCUCUAGGCAGCCCUCUAAGGACUUGGGCUACAGCAACUAUGGCCCCAGCAUCGCCUACCAGACCAAAUCCCCGGUGCCUUUGGAGUGUCCCACCGCGUGCACUUGCAACCUGCAGAUCUCUGACCUGGGCCUGAACGUCAACUGCCAGGAGCGCAAGAUCGAAAGCAUUGCCGAGCUGCAGCCCAAACCCUACAACCCCAAGAAGAUGUAUCUGACGGAGAACUACAUCGCCGUGGUGCGCAGGGCCGACUUCCUGGAGGCUAUGGGGCUGGACCUCCUGCACCUGGGUAACAACCGGAUCUCCACCAUCCAGGAUCGAGCCUUCGGGGAUCUCAGCAACCUGAGACGCCUUUACCUGAAUGGCAACCGGAUCGAGCGGCUGAGCCCAGAGUUGUUCUAUGGCCUGCAGAGCCUGCAGUAUCUCUUCCUGCAGUACAACCUCAUCCGCGAGAUCCAGUCUGGAACGUUCGAUCCGGUCCCCAACCUCCAGCUGCUAUUCCUCAACAACAACCUGCUGCAGGCCAUGCCGUCGGGGGUCUUCUCAGGCCUCACCCUGCUCCGGCUGAAUCUGAGGAGCAACCACUUCACCUCUCUGCCCGUCAGCGGCGUCUUGGACCAGCUGAAGGCGCUCAUCCAAAUCGACCUGCACGACAACCCGUGGGAGUGUACGUGCGAGGUGGUGGGCAUGAAGCUGUGGGUGGAGCAGCUCAAGGCGGGCGUCCUGGUGGACGAGGUGAUCUGCAAGGCGCCCAAGAAGUUCGCCGACACCGACAUGCGUGCCCUCAAGUCCGAGCUGCUGUGCCCGGACUACUCGGACGUGGUGGUGUCCACACCCACGCCCUCUUCCAUCCAGCUCCCUGCCAGGACCAGCGUGGGGACCCCCGCGGUGCGCCUGAACGGCACGGGCGCCCCCGCGGGCUUGGGGGCGGGCGGCGGCCGGGCGUCGUCGGUGCCCUUGUCGGUGUUGAUCCUCAGCCUGCUGCUGGUGUUCAUCAUGUCGGUCUUCGUGGCUGCCGGCCUCUUCGUGCUGGUCAUGAAGCGCAGGAAGAAGAGCCAGAGCGACCACACCAGCACCAACAACUCGGACGUGAGUUCCUUCAACAUGCAGUACAGCGUGUAUGACCCGCACGCCCACGUGCACCACCGCGGGCCCGCGCUGCCCAAGGUGAAGACGCCCGCGGGCCACGUGUACGAGUACAUCCCCCACCCCCUGGGCCACAUGUGCAAAAACCCCAUCUACCGGUCGCGGGAAGGCAACUCGGUGGAGGAUUACAAAGACCUGCACGAGCUCAAGGUCACCUACAGCAGCAACCACCACCUGCAGCAGCCGCCGCCGCCGCCGCCGCUGCAACCCCAGCCGCCGCCGCCGCCGCCGCUGCAGCUGCAGCCCGGGGACGAUGAGCGGCGGGAAAGCCACCACCUGCGGAGCCCCGCCUACAGCGUCAGCACCAUCGAGCCCCGGGACGAGCUGCUGGCGCCCGUGCCGGACGCGGACCGCUUCUACAGGGGCAUUUUAGAGCCUGACAAACACUGCUCCAGCACCCCCGCGGGCAACAGCCUCCCGGAGUACCCCAAAUUCCCCUGCAGCCCUGCUGCUUACACUUUCUCCCCCAACUAUGACCUGAGACGCCCCCAUCAGUAUUUGCACCCGGGGGCCGGGGACAGCAGGCUGCGAGAACCGGUGCUCUACAGCCCCCCGAGCGCUGUCUUUGUAGAACCCAAUCGGAACGAGUAUCUGGAGUUAAAAGCUAAACUAAACGUUGAGCCGGACUACCUCGAAGUGCUGGAAAAACAGACCACAUUCAGUCAGUUCUAA